AUGAGCUUUGAAGAUAAAAAUUAUUCUUUUAGUGGUCAAAGAAAAGAGAAAGGGGUUUCUAGUUACAAAGAAGAAUUAAUAAAAUGUGAAUCGAGUGAUAAAUGUGAAUAUAAAACAAAAAUAAAAGUAAAGAUAGGAAAUAACCAAAGGAUAUUAUUAUUAUUAAGACAUUUGAAUGAAGAAUAUUAUUUAAUAUUACAUCAACAUAAAUUAAUAAUAGGUUAUCCUAUGACAUAUAGAAAGAUAGCACCUGAAAGAUCUACAUAUCAUUAUAAAGCAUUUUAUGAAAAGGGUGAUGAUACAUAUGAAAACCAGAAUAAAAGAGGUAAAGAUAGAUGUGAAGGAUAUAAAUUUAAUGAUCAAGAUCGAUUAAGUAUACCAAUAUUUGAAGAUUUCAAUGAUAAGACAUUUUCUAUAUGUUGUUCAUGUGCAGAUACACCUAUAACAUUUGAAUCUAAUAAUAGUACAAUAUAUGGUGGUUUACCACGAAAUAUGAGAUUACAAUGUAUUAAUGAUAAUGAAACAAAUAGAAAAUUAUAUAAAGAAAGAAUUGUAUCUGUAAAAAAGAGUAUACGUCAUCUUUUACCAUUUUAUGCUAUAUUUCGUUUUAUGAGUGAUGUUAAAAUAUUUAUAAUAUUUCAUAUAAAUAUCAUAAAAAAAGAAAAAGAUUUUUCUACUUAUUAUAAAUUAUAUGAAGAAAAAAAAAAUAAUUUAAAUAAUAAUAUAUCAUAUAGAUAUGUAUUAGAUGAUUCUAGAAAAGAAAUUAAAUUAUUUGAUGAAAAAACAUUUAAUAUAAGUUCUUCUUCAUCCGCUUUUGACAAUAUUAAUAUACCAAGUAUAUAUAAUAAUUAUUUAUUAUAUCCAUUUUAUCCUGAUGAAUUAUAUAAUAUAAAAUAUGAUACAUUGGAAUAUGGAUGUUCUUAUAAUAAAGCUUUAAAAUUUGAAUGUAUUGAAAAUGAUGAAAAAAAAUGUGAAUAUACAGAUUCUACUUGUUUAAAAAAAUCGAUAUUAAUACCUAUUACAUAUGUGUCUGAUAAAAAGGACGUAUGUGGAUUGAUAGGUUAUAAUGAUAUAUCUAUAUGGAAAAAUGAAAAUUGUUUAGAAAAUAUAAAAUGUAUAAAAAACACAGUAGAAUCAUAUUUAAAUACAGCUCAAGAAAUUACAAAAGGUAAUGAAGAAAUAUUAACAAAAUUGCCUAUCAUUAAUGGAAAAUAUCCUCAUUAUAUUUUUAAAAAAAAAAAUUAUGAUAUAAAAUCUUCAAUUAAUAAAAGAUCUAUCCAGUUCUUUAAAGACACUAAUAUAGAUCAUUAUAUAGCAUAUGAAUAUUAUAAGGAGGACCGUACGGAAUUUAUAUUAACUAUUAUGAAUGAAAAAAAUAUUACUCAUCAAGAAACUCAAAGUCUUGAAAUGAAAAAGUUGAAAGGGAAAAAUGAAGAUUAUAUGGGUCAUACGAAUGAUGCUUAUAGUCAACAUGGUGAAAAUAAUAAAAUGCACAGUAUCAAUUCUGAUAGAAAUAAAAAUGAUUAUAUUCCAUCUUCCUAUUUACAUACAAUAUAUAAAACAUUUAGCGAACAUAUAAACCGAGAUAAUGGAAAUAUUUAUGAUGAUGAAAAAAAAAAUUUAUAUGAUGGAACUGUUUUUUAUAUAGAAACAUUAAACGAAUUAAGAAUUAUAAAUAUAUUAUUUUCAGAUUCAUGUAAUGAAUUGAAUACUGAUACUUGUGGAGUUCUUGUACAUAUAUGGAAUCCAUCUAAAGAAGCUAUCAAAGGUAGAUUAAAAUUACAAUGUUUUAUAAACAAAGAAGAUAAAUAUACUGAUGAAAAAAAUCUGGUGUAUGAACAAGGAGUUUAUCAUUUUUUGUUCUUUUUUAAAGUACCUUUAGAAACAUUUUUAUCAUUCAGAAAUUGUACGGUACAUGCAUAUGGAGCUUUCCAAUUAUAUGAUAUGCAAACCUAUAUUAAUUAUAAAAAAAGCUUCUUUAGAAGGUUUUUUUAUCAUCAACCUAAAGAAAUUAAUGGUAUUGAAUUAUAUGCUCAAGGUAUAAAGAAAUUUAUUUGUUGCCAAGAAGAUAUACAUAUAUGUAAAAUUAAAAAUAUACCUCAAUGUAAUACUAAAGAAUCUCUUAAUCUAAUAAGUGUUUUUAUUUCCAUAUUAAUCAUUUCUCUUAUUAUUUUUAUCUAUUUUACUGGAAAUAAAAAAAAAAAAAAUACAAACACCCAGGAAAAUCUUCAAAGUACGCAAAAUGUUUCUCUCAACCAAAACGGAACAUCAUAA